AUGAGCAAGAUGUCUCGGAAACAGCAGCAGCAGCAGCAGCAGCCGCAGCCGCAGCGGGGUCCCCAGCAGCAACAGCAGCUGGAGACCAUUGGCCGCAGCAGAGCACAGCAGAAGAAAUUUGUCCAGUUUAAGGCAUCUCUUUUCUCGCCCUACAUUGCGCCCUGGCCGCGGGCCCUAGAGAGCGCUGAAGAAGAAGUGGUGGCUCUGCUGGAGGGGUAG